AGGGAAACAAGGAAGGUUGGGGGGUAGGAAUAGGGCUGAAAUCACAAGUCCCAUGGGAGGUACUCGGUCUACACAGGUCUGUCUCCUGGCCCUGUAUAAAAGAUGCAUAUAUAUAUAUAAAAUGGUAUUUACAAUGAAAAGAGCACUACGCUGUGACAACAACAAAAAUCAACACAACCAAAAAACUCCACUUCAAAUAACUGCAUGAUGACUAGGAAAGGCUUACUUGGUAACAGGUUUAAAGUCCCUCAAAUGUUAGAAUCUGGAAUUACCUCAUUUUCAUCAUGAUUGAGUCUCCAAAUGGUUCUUCUUCUUCUGAAGUGCUCAGGCCCGGGAAGGAGAUCACGCAAGUCCUCCUUAGAGAGGCUGGGCAGCAUGUCUCUGCUUAUAUUAGCAGCUGAAAACACAUUUAACCACACAGUUAAUAAUAAGGUAAAAAGCAACUAAUAACAUAUUUAUCUAAAUACAUAAAAUGAAAGAGUAAUGUACAUUUCUGGCUGGCUUCACAAGAUUUUCUUUAACAUUAAAAAAUGUAUUGCACUUACUUAUAAUUGAUUGAAAAAAUUGCUGUUACAAUAGGUUCAUCCAGAGUUAAAGUUAUUUUGGCCAAAUGAAAAUGCACCAGGGAAAUGAAUAAACGAGGCAUGUUGUUAGGAUAAAUCCAUAACACAAAUGUGUAAAAUCUCAUAGGCUAUAAAAGUUAUACAUUUUCAGCAUCUUUUAUAGUACAAUAAAACAAAUCUUGAUGUUUAAGAGCAAACACAGUUAAACUUAUUUUCAAAACAGUGUCUUUACCUUGAAAUCUUUAUUCAAAUAAGCAUAAUUUACGUCCCAAGCCUGCUUAUAUCCAAAGGACAGUGUAGUUUCAAUAGCCUGCACUGCACUAUCAUACAACAACGCAUUUGUAAAUGCUGUCUACAACAAAGAAGGGCGCCAAAGAUGGCUAUGCUAGUGUACAACAAAGAAGGGCGCCAAAUAUGGCUAUGCUAGUGUACAACAAAGAAGGGCGCUAAAGAUGGCUAUGCUAGUGUACAACAAAGAAGGGCGCCAAAGAUGGCUAUGCUAGUGUACAACAAAGAAGGGCGCCAAAGAUGGCUAUGCUAGUGUACAACAAAGAAGGGCGCCAAAGAUGGCUAUGCUAAAUACUUUACUGUCAGUUGUGGAAGGCUGAUUUGCUUCUUGACAUUAUUUCUGGCAAUAAAACAGUAUCAACUAAAAUGUUAACCACGAUUUGUCGAUUGUGCCGUUAUUAACAGCUUACAGUAGAUAUUAGCUAAGUUAACUAGAUAUGUAGCCAGCCUAGCUAAGUCCAACCGAUUCAAAUAAUGUAAAGCUUGCUGGAGAGGUGCAGUAUAAAAUACAAAAUUACAUUACCUUUUAAUGCUGCAGUUGCUAUAGGAUCCAAGCAUGUGAUAUCUCUUCCAUUUUCAUCCAUGGCGUAGUUUUAAUGUUCAAUCACUUGCAGAGGUUCAGUCUUCUGCCUGAAGGAAAGCUAGCCAGCAACGUCCUGAAGCUAGGUGCACCUGACCUAACACACGCCCUUAACGGACCCUCUUCGCGGUUCCCAUUGGAAGGUACCAUUUCUUAAAGAGGGGUGAUAGAGAUAUUUUAUAUGUUGCAAAUAUUAGGAAUAUUAAUAACUGAUGCGGUCAUAGGUAACAUUUCAAACAUCUGUUUCUAGAUGCACAUCAUUCCACAAGUUAUUCCCAGGCAUUAUUAUGACGUGUAUAUAUAUAUAUAGGAAGACGACUCACCGGCCUCCCCCAUACAGCUAGAGAAUGUGAUAAACCCACUUCAUUAGUUAUUUUCCCCAACGUGUACAUGGCCUGCUGCAGAAACGUUUUAAUAUCGUUAACUUUUGGAAGAUUUCACGAUGCUUUGGCGGUGCGUUAUCUGCUGCGUUUUUAUAACUUUUUCACUGAAAUUAUUAUUGAGCCAUAUUAAUCGACUGCACAGUCGCAGCUCUGACUUCAGGUUGCUCUGUGGCAUUGAUGGAUGCACUGAGGAAUAUAGAGUGUACAACUCAUUCUACCAUCAUGUAAAGAGAAGACACUUUCAACAUCUUCUUGAAGACACCAGACCUGGCGACGCCACACGUGGAGAUGAAAACCGACAGGAGGAAACCCAAGGACCGCAGCAAAAAGACAACAUUCAACCCGAUCAGCUUCCAGCCGACUCCAGCAGCAAGGAUCAGAACCUUCACACACCUGACUCAGUUGAAGAGCAAAUGGGCAUCGACCAAGAUGGAGCUGUCACAGUGCACCAAGAUCUGACAACACAUGCCACUGCCUUUGUUAUCAAUGCCCGAUCCAAGCAUCGUCUGUCACAGAAAGGCAUGAAUGACAUUGUUGCUGGGGUACAGCAGUAUCAAUCAUCACUAUUGGACAACCUCAGGACGCAGAUGAAGGAAGUUCUAAAGAAGAAUUCAGGAAGUACAACCAAUCAACUUGGAAAAGAUGCAAUGGAUAUAUUUGACAGUUUCAUUGACCCCUUUGCUAACGUUUCAACAACAUUUCGCCAGAACAGUGUUAUUAGGAAGCAGUUUUGUUGUGUGGAUGCAGAGGAAAUUCCAAUUGCUCGAACCAUAUGCAGGAAGAAACGUGGAGGAUCAACAGAUUUUGUCAUCAAAGACAAAUUAUUUUAUUAUGUACCAUUAGUCAAAAGUGUAGAGCAGUUCCUAUUACAUCCGAGGAUUUUGACUAUGAUUGAAGAGGUACCCCAGAGGUGCAGUGAAGGUUUUCUUCAUGACCUUGUUGAUGGUUCUCUUUUAAAAUCUCAUCCCUUAUUUUCAGAGAAACCAAAUGCACUGCAGAUCAUUCUGUAUACAGACGAAAUAGAGAUCUGUAAUCCACUAGGAUCCUUUUCAUCAAAGAACAAGUUGUUAAUGGUGUACUACACCCUAGGAAAUAUAAAUCCAAAAUACAGGUCUAAGCUGGCUGCUAUUAGGCUACUUGCGAUGGCUAAAUCAGCAGACCUCCGUCAAUCUGGUGUAGAUGUAAUAUUGAAUAGAAUAAAGGAAGACAUGGAUGCAUUGUACAGUGGUGUUAAAAUUCAAACUAUUAACGGGGAGAAAACAAUACAUGGUGCUAUGGUUUCUCUCUGUGGUGACACCCUGGCACAGCAUGAACUCGCAGGGUUCAAAGAAGGAGUGGGCUUUGCUUACAGUAAGUGCAGACACUGUGAGUGUUCUUUUGAGGACAUGCAGUCACAAUUCAACGAGGAUGCAUAUAUUAAAAGAACAUUGGAGAAUCAUGUCAGACAGUGUGAUGAAAUAGAAAAGGCUAACACAGACUUGCUUCGCAACAGCCUUAGAACAACAUAUGGGAUCAAUCGAAGGAGCAAGUUAGUUGACUUCCCAUCCUUUGAUAUUAUUCGGCAAACCCCGCAAGACAUUAUGCAUGUCAUUCUUGAGGGUAUAGCUCCUCUGGAAAUUAAAUGUGUUUUGAAUCAUCUUGUUCAGUCAGGAGAGUUCAAUCUGGACUCUGUGAAUUCAGCUAUUCUUGGUUUCCCUUAUUCGCCUCUAGAUCUUAGAGAUCGACCUUCCCCAAUUUCUCCGAGUACACUGAUGUCAACUGAUGGUAAACUAAGGCAGUCAUCAGGGCAAAUGCUUGUCCUGUUGAGGAUAUUGCCAUUUGUUUUGGAACAUUUGAAAGUCAAUGCAUAUGUGCAGUUGAUAAUGGACUUAAUAGAGAUUGUUCAAAUAGUGUUUGCACCUGUUCUUACCAUUGCAACUGUGUCAAGGUUAAAGUUACUGAUUGAAAGUCAUUUGAAGCAUUGGAAGGAGCUUUUUCCAGACCACAAUGUUACACCUAAGCAGCAUUACAUGAUACAUUUGCCAUCACAGAUAGAAUCAUUGGGUCCCAUGGUCAGACAUAUGUGUAUGCGGUUCGAGUCUAAGCAUUGUUUAUUUAAGCAAUGGGCCUCCAAGCUCAAUUUUAAAAAUGUAUGCAAGUCUUUGAUUAAUCAGAACCAAAUAUAUGAAAGCUGCCAAAAUGUUGACCCUUCCAAGCACCCAAUUUUUUCAAAUGAAAAGGAGAUGGGUCCUGUAUCUGAGGUUAGAGAUCUACAAUAUUUACAUGGGAAAUUGAGGGACUUCCUAGGUUUCAGUGAAAUUAACCACGCUGUAUCAGUGAAAUGGCUUGUGAUAAAUGGUAAUAAAUACAUUACUGAGAAGUCCUUGAUCCUUGCCAAUGUACUAAAUGGUAAUACACCCGAAUUUGGACUUGUCAAAAGCAUAUUUCUUGUUGAUUCUAAGCUUUAUUGUUUGGAAUAUCAGCCUUUUCAGUCCAUAUGCUUUGAUAGAAAUGUUAUGGCUUAUCAAGUUGAGGUCCCACACCUUGCACAGGCCACUGAGUUAGUGGAUGCUGAAAAGCUGGUUGAUUUGACCUCUUAUUACACAAUCAGCAGAAAGGGCCAAACCUAUGUACAAGUGAAAUACUAUCUUGGGGAUGUAAUGGAAUUACACAACAGUUCAAAUGACUCAUAGCGUGUUCCUUUGAUAUGAUGUUGAAACAUUUAAAGCAAACUUAGCAGGUUUAAAUGUAGGACUAAGGUCCUGACUUAGGAUAUGUUAUUAGCAGAUUCAAAUGUUAGCUGUUUGGAUUCCAGAUGCGUUUUGCAUUAUAGUUUGCAGUGUACCUAAAUAAUCUGUAUCUUUGUAUAAUACUGGGUCUUUCUUUCAGGUUGUUUUAAAUGUUAAUUACAUAACAUGUUAUCAGCCAUUUAGGUGUUUAUCACAAUGCUGUUUAUGUUUGCUAAAUGCCCUUGUCCUGAAUAAUGUAACCUACUUUAACUUUUCAAAUGAGAUGUUUGCACAUAUUGCUCAAUCACUUUAGCUUGCUGAAGAAUAAUACAUGCUGAAAAGAAUGUUCUUAAUGCAGUAGUUUGACUUGGCUGGUGCUGUUAUUUCUGUAUACUGCAUUUCAUAUAUGGACAUACUUAAUUGAUGUACUGGGUUUUAGAGCGACAAUAAAACAAUGAAUUUCA